AUGGACGCCCCAAGAAAAGUGGUCAAUUUCGGGCCCGGGCCCGCCAAGCUGCCGCGCUCGGUAUUGUUAGAGAUACAAAAAGAAUUAUUAGACUACAAAGGCGUCGGGAUUAGUGUUCUCGAAAUGAGCCACCGGUCAGCAGAUUUCGCUAAGAUUCUUAACAACACAGAGAAUCUUGUGCGGGAAUUGCUAACUGUUCCAGACAACUACAAGGUGAUUUUUGUGCAAGGAGGUGGGUCUGGCCAGUUCAGUGCUGUCCCCUUAAACCUGAUUGGACUGAAAGCAGCAAGGUGUGCCGACUAUGUGGUGACAGGAGCUUGGUCAGCGAAAGCUGCAGAAGAAGCCAAAAAGUUUGGGACUGUGAACAUCGUCCACCCUAAACUUGGGAGUUAUACAAAGAUCGCAGACCCAAGCACCUGGACUCUCAGCCCGGAAGCUUCUUACGUGUAUUACUGUGCCAACGAGACGGUGCACGGCGUGGAGUUUGACUUUGUCCCCGACGUGAAGGGGGCAGUGCUGGUUUGCGACAUGUCCUCCAACUUCCUAUCCAGGCCAGUGGACGUUUCCAAGUUUGGGGUGAUCUUCGCUGGCGCGCAGAAGAACGUCGGCUCCGCGGGGGUCACAGUGGUGAUCAUCCGAGAUGACCUGCUGGGCUUCGCCCUCCGAGAGUGCCCCUCGGUGCUGGAGUACAAAGUGCAGGCCGGGAACAACUCCCUGUACAACACGCCUCCCUGCUUCAGCAUCUAUGUUAUGGGCUUGGUCCUGGAGUGGAUUAAGAACAACGGCGGUGCAGCAGCCAUGGAGAAGCUCAGCUCCAUCAAAUCGCGGAUGAUUUAUGAUGUCAUUGAUAAUUCUGAAGGAUUUUAUGUGUGUCCGGUAGAGCCCCAGAACAGAAGCAAGAUGAAUAUUCCGUUCCGCAUUGGCAACGCCAAAGGAGACGACGCUUUAGAGAAAAGAUUCCUCGAUAAGUCCCUGGAGCUCAAUAUGAUCUCCUUGAAAGGGCACAGGUCUGUGGGAGGCAUCCGGGCCUCUCUGUACAAUGCCGUCACGAUCGAGGAUGCUCAGGAGCUGGCAGCCUUCAUGAAGAAAUUUUUGGAGAUGCAUCAGCUGUGA